AUGAACGAUAAAAUCUGGAGAGUAAAGCUCUAUGAGCUCACCAAAGAAGGACAAUGGGAAGACCUAGGAAUAGGCGCAGCCCAAAUAACAGACAACAUUUUUGAAAUCAUCAGUGAAGAUGAUCACCAUUUGCUUCUUGAUUAUCCAGUAGGAAAUGAAGUGUAUAAAAGGCAGGGUGACACAAUUCUAACAUGGACUGAUAGCGACCAUUGUACCUUCGCUGUGAGUUUUCAAUAUGUCUUAAAAUAUUUUCAAAAAAAAAAUUAAAUAUAAUUAUUUUUUUAAAAAAAUAAAAAGUUUUCAAAACCCUGCAGGAGCGCAAACCAUGUGGGAAUCCUUUUUAUCUAUCCAAGGGAAGGAUAUUAAUGCUCAAAUAUUGAAAAGCGAUAAUGAAGCUUUGCCAUACCCUAAUGAAACAAAUUUGCAAGAAAUUAUCGAAAUUCUUAGCGAUAUUAGUGCUUCAAAUAGAUCAAGCAACAUCCAAGGUAUAAUAAAAGACGGUUUUGUUAGAAAAUUAAGCCAUGAGUUUCAAUUGUCAGUGCAGAAAAAUGACAAAGAAGUUAUAACACAGUUCUUUUUUGUGUAUAAAUUGUUGCUACAAUUCGCGAAUAAUUCGAUUUUGCAAGAGCUGUUGAGUGAUGAAAACUUUUUCUCAUUUAUCGGGGCAAUGGAUCAUGACCCUGAUGUGAAGUGCACACAGUAUUUGCAUACGCUUACAAAUGAAGUAAAAUUCAUAAAUCCACUGGUAAAUAAACUAUUAUAAUUAUUUUUAUUAAAAAUUUAAUAAAAAAUAAAAUAUUUUAUAAUAAAUCCACUAAAUAUCACUGACACAGAUUUUUUAAAUAAAAUCCAUGCAGCUUUUAGACUUGGAUUUCUUAAAGAGUCUCAGUCAGCUCGAGGGCUUGAAGAAUCAGCUAUUAUUUUCCUUUCAAGCUACCAAAUCUAUUUAUUCAACGAAAUCAUCAAUCAUUAUAUAGAAUCAGGUAGUAUCCGAGCCAAUCUUAUUAUGAAAUUAAAAGCAAAAGAUUUCAAUUCUUUUUAUUUUCUAUAUGAGCUGUCAAAUAUUGCAAAAUCUGCUAACAUGACAAUAAGAUCAAAUUUCUAUUUCAUAAGGAAAUUUUUACUUAUUUCAUAGCAAAUAAUAAUAAAAGUUUCCUAUUAUAUAUAAAAACUUGUUAAAAACAAUAGAUAAAAGUAAAAUUUCUUGAUAAGUAUAUGAUAUUAUCGCUAGCGAUGAUAUUCUAGAUAUAAUAGAAAACAAUUGGAGCCAAAAUGAAUGGAAUGAAGACCAAAAGGUGAAAUAUCGCAGUCUUGUUGCUGAAAUAUUUUUAGGGAUCAUACAGAUUUCACCUUUUAUUAUGAAAAAAUUUUUACUUAAUUCCUGCAAAAAAGCCUCAGGAGUUCCAUUUCUUGCAGAUUUCAGUCAAGAAAUAGUAAACUCGUCAGAAAUAAGCUCGAUACAGAUAAUAGGAGAAUUUUUAAGAACUUUAUUAGAUGGAGAUGAAGACCAAGGCUCAGAUUCUUUAUAUGAGAUUUUAUACGACACUGUUUUAAACGAAUUUAUGAAAAAAUUCUCAAUUGAUGCCACCCAGCUUGAAUCUUCAAAAAACAGUAUUUUUGAAAUCUUGUCAGUUUUAAUUCAAUGCAUUCAAAGUCAUAACUGCAGGAUCCGGUAUUUUUUAAACUAUUUUCAAUGAAUUAUUAUUAUUUUUUUUAAAAAAAAAUAAAUACGCAUAUUUAAUAUAGAAAAUUAUAAUUUUCCAUCAAGUUAUAGAAAAAGCCUUAAACCUCCUAGAUUUUUCAGACAACUCAUUAAAACUUGCUGUCUUAAAAUUUUUCCGGACAGUUAUAGAAAAAAAUGAUAAAUUUAUCGAUCGUUUUAUUAUCACUCACAACAGUUUUUCAAAAAUAAUUCAAGUUUUCAUUAGUAACGGUGAAAAAGAAAAUAUGAUUUUUUCAUCAAUUUUAGCUAUAAUUGAAUCACUUAAGAAGGCAAAUUCCACAACUUUAAUCGAGCAUAUCAUUACCAAACACUUAGAAACCAUUGAAAACAAAAACCUUAGAAGCUGCUUUAACUGUCUAAUAGACCUAUUUACCCAUCAGAAAAAUGAAGAGCCUCGGUCUUCUCCCAAACAAAACUUAAACUCAUCAGCUGAGCUUACAAGUGACGAGCAAUACUCAAGUCCCAGCUGUGGCGAAAGUGAUGAAGAAAAUGAUACAGAAUUUCAGCCAACCAAGCGCAAGCAUGAAGACAGUGAAGAAUCAGCCCAAAAAAGAUUUAAAACAGAGUUUAGUGAAGAAUUUAUGACAUAA